AUGGAAUCCCUGAUCCCAGUUAUUUCCAAACUCCAAGAUGUUUUCGCGACUAUUGGAAACAGGGAAUCUGAAGUACAGCUACCUCAAAUAGUCGUUGUCGGUUCGCAAGUAAGUGUUCAUUACUGUCAAAAUUUGUUUUUUAGAGUGCCGGCAAGAGCUCCGUCAUCGAAGGAAUUGUGGGACGUGAUUUUUUACCUCGAGGAACAGGGAUUGUGACCAGAAGGCCAUUGCUUUUGCAUCUUGUUCAUGUCCCAGUCGGUGAUGACAAGAGAAGGGAGGCAGGGAUGCCAGCCAAACAAGAUUGGGCGCAAUUUGAGCAUAAAUCUGGUGUAAUCUUUACGGAUUUCAACGAGGUUAGAAAGGAAAUUGAGGACGAAACUGAACGGUUUUGUGGAUCUAAUAAGGUAUUUUUUUAUUUUUCUUCUGUACACUAACGUCCUUUACUUUUUCAAAGUUAGUCAGUCAUACGUAUUACAAAAUUUUAUUUCGAAAUUUUUUCAGGGAAUUUCGGACAACCCAAUUACACUUCGGAUUUUCUCCCACCGUGUUGUAAACCUUUCGUUGAUUGAUCUGCCCGGGAUAAUCAAGGUUCCAGUGGGAGAUCAACCCCCAGAUAUCGAAGAUCAAGUUCGUAAACUGAUCUUGUCUUACAUUAGCAAUCCAAAUUCGUUGAUGUUGGCAGUGACUGCCGCAAAUCAAGAUUUUGCCACAUCGGAACCUUUGAAGUUGGCCCGAGAUGUGGAUAGAGAUGGAGACAGAACUCUGGCUGUUCUCACUAAAUUGGAUUUGAUGGACAGGGGAACUGAUGCCAUGGAGGUGUUGACAGGAAGAUCGGUGCCUGUGAAGCUUGGUAUUAUUGGAGUGGUCAAUCGCUCUCAAGCUGACAUCAAUACCAACAAACCAAUAGACGAAUGUCUGAAAGAUGAGGCUAAAUUCCUGCUCAAAACUUAUCCAACUCUUGCUUCGAGGAAUGGUAUUCAAUAUCUGUCAAAGACAUUGAAUCGAGUAGGUCAAACUUGUGUUGUUUUUAAUAUAGAUUUUAGCUCCUGAUCCAUCACAUACGAGAGUGUCUUCCUCAGCUAAAAGUACGGGUAAAUACGUUGAUGGGGCAGUGUCGUUCUUUGCUCAAUUCAUACGGCCAACCAGUGGAAGAUAAGAGUAGAACAUUAUUGCAACUUAUUACCCACUUUGCCAAUGCAUAUACAUCUACAAUCGAGGGAACAUCUAAGAAUAUUGAGACCUCUGAACUUAUUGGUGGUGCUAGAAUCUCUUACAUCUUCCAUGGGACUUUUGUUGAAGCUCUGGAACAGGUAGACCCCAUGGAGAACUUAAGCACUCUGGACAUUUUAACAGCCAUUCGAAAUGCGACUGUAAGUGAUUUAGUAUUUAUUGAUUAACAUUGAAAUUUAGGGAACAAAGCCAGAUCUUUUUAUACCAGAUGUGGCUUUCGAGUUGUUGGUGAAGAAGCAGAUCGAGCGGUUGCAUGAACCUUCUCUAUGUUGCGUCGAUCGUGUUUAUGAAGAAUUGAUGCGGAUAGUACAACAAUGUGGAAUUGAUAUCCAACAGGAGAUGCAGAGAUUCCCUAAACUGUAUGAAAGGAUCAAUGAGAUUGUUUCUAACCUUUUAUCUGGACGAUUGGGGUCCACAAAACAAUUUGUGAAGGACUUGGUCCGAAGUGAAAUGGCUUAUAUUAAUACGAAACAUCCCGAGUUUGGAGAAUUGUCCAUCAUCGAGUCCAUGAGCUCGACUUCAUUGUAUCAGAGAAGUCAGGUGCAGGUUGAUGGAAAGGUGGCUCCAUUACCAGAGGUAUGAAGAUGCCCCCCUUUUUUUUUAUUUUUUUUUUAUAUAUCGCAAAUAGAAACUCCUUAUUGCCCGCAAAGGAAGAAAGUUGCAGAACGAGAAAUCCAAUUGGUUAUUAAAGUAACAAGCACUCCUGUAUAGAAAAAACAGAGGUAUAAAAGAUAUACACGUUUUUUGCUUUGAUAGUCACUGAUAUCAUGUACAAUAUCAUCAGAUUUUCUGUCCAGAUUGCCUUCGUAUCGCAUGAAUUACUCGGAAAUAAGAGCAAAAUACAUUACUUCUCGUUUAACAGUAAUAUUCGGAACUUUCACAUUAAAUUUGCUGUUAAAUAUUGAGCAGCAAAUUUAUAGUUUGAAGUUCCAUAAUAUAAAUGUUGUUUUAGGGAGAGCAGCCAAUGCCCAUUACCGAAUUAAAUGGUUCUGGUGGCCAACCGAAUUUAAAUGCCGUGGCGAGUGAGGUGAUUCAGAAGGCCAACUCAGUCCUAACGGGGUCCCCGACCAAACAAUCCUCCAGUUACAUAGGCUCAUGGCUUUUCAAUCGAAAUAUCCCUCAAAAUAAUGUAGUGUCACAUAAGGCCAAUUCAAUUACAACGACUCAAACUAUCGAACGGAAUCUGACCAGGAAUCUCACAGCCAAGGAGCAGAAGGAAUACAUGAUGUUUGGUAGGACUUCCCACGAUUAUAAUAUAAUUAUUGUCUAGAGCGCUUGAUCAGAUCAUAUUUUUCGAUUGUAAGGAAGAACAUUCAAGACCUGGUACCCAAGGGCAUUAUGAGGUUUAUGGUUAAUUAUGUGAAGGAGAAUCUGCAGAGCGAACUGGUCCAGCAAUUAUAUAACCAGGCUGAUAUGGAUGACCUCCUGGCAGAGAGUGAAUUGAUGGCUCAGAGAAGAAAGGAGUCUGCGGAAAUGCUCGAGGUAAUGAUAUCACUGUAAUGUUAUAUUUGCAGGCUCUUACAAAAGCAUCUCAUGUUAUAAGUGAGAUCCGGGAAACCCAUAUAUGGUAA